AUUUGUUUUGACUGUCCAAGUCGGUGUCAAGUAUUAAGCCUGGCUGCCAUUGCGCAAGACGUCUGCACUCUACAGAGCAAUUUAGGGUACAUAGUUGCGACGAAAUGAAUUCCGAAAAUAACCCUCCACCGCCGCUAACGGCGGAGGCACUAGCGCAGCUCCAAGAAGGCAUCGCCCUGGUUCUGGCUCGAUGGGCUUCUCUACGGAUCGCCGUCGAACAGGAGUGGGGCGGCCCCACAUCUCGAGAGAAGUACGAUGAUCUUGCUGCGCGAAUCUUCUCCUUUUUUACCCAGUCUAAAGAAAAGGUAUACGUCUAUGAUUUAGAGGACAUUCUAGACGAUGUUAUGAUUUCUUCUUUCAAUACCGAGCUUGAAGAUGGAAGCAUUGAGGAGGUAGCAGAAAAGUUGAUGAUUAUGCACGAACAGUGUGCUGAAGGUAACUUUGAAUCCAUUAUUGAUCUUAAGAGAACAAUGCCCGUGAAUUCUGCUCUUUCUUUUAAAAGACAGUUUGUUAGAAAUGAAGAUGAUGAUGAUGAUGAUGAUGUUGAGAAUGAUAUGAUGGGAAACGAUUCAGAUAUGGCAGUGGAUUCUUUAGAAAACAAAACAAGUAUGGGUCAAAGAGAUAUGAUGGUGGAUGAAUCAAUGGCAGCCACUCCAACUGAAGACGGCUGGACGGUAGUAUCCUCAAGGCGUAAAAAUGGUAGAAGAAAUUAAGCAUAUAGCUUCCAACAAAUUUUGCAUCAUGUAUUUUUCUGUUGAUCUGCCUUAGAUGUGUUGUAUCUUGUGUUUUAUAGUAAUGUUAUACUGCUUAAAUGUGGUGUUUUUGUUCGGUCUACCUGUUUUUUAACUCCUUAUGUUCUUCAUUAAAGGAUGAAUUUUUGUUUGCUGGUUAUGAAAUAAAGCAUAUUAGUGUUUUUGAGUUGCUUGAUUGUUGCAGAAAAAAGUUUCUAUUUCUGAAAGUUAUUGCAAGUUAUUAGGA